AUGUCACCGUCCCUCGAGCUCCCCCCGUCGUUUGUUGGACCGUGGAAAGAGUUGCUGUUGUCGCGGCAAAGGGAACAACUUGGCGAUCUACCCAACCACUAUGCUCGCGAUCCCGACUCUCUCAUCACAACCAGCUCACCGCAAACACUUUACGUCGGCACAGGCUACUCAAUCUUUACGCGUGGCAUACUGCCUGCCAUCCUCGAUGCCAAGUCCUCGGUGCAUUUCGUUACGUGUUAUUGGGCGGCGUCUCCGUCCUUGAGUGCUGUCAACGACACGCUGCUCCAGUUGGCCGCCUCGCGAAGAUCUGACGGCGGCGCGGCGCGGAGCACAUUGCAAGUGACCGUUGGAUUCUCGUCCUGGGGCCUUUUUCAGAAGCUUUUCCAUACAUCCUCUAGAGAUGGGCAGUUGUAUCCGCAAUCGCAAUGGGGCAAGCUCGGUCUACCCGAUCAGAGCACGCUGACGAGCGCAGGCAUCCAGCUGACCGUCAAGAGUCUUUUCUUCACGCCCUUUAGUGUCAUGCACCCAAAGUACGUGAUUAUAGACGGCAACAGGGUCUUUGUCCCAAGCUGCAAUGUCAGUUGGGAGAGGUGGUUCGAGGGAUGCGUCGAGUUGCAAGGCGAUGUUGUACAGACGCUGAUAGCGUUCCAUGCAAGGGUCUGGGGUGUUGGGGCGGACCAAAGCUCUACCAUGGGAACGACUGAGGGACGAGAGAGAGGCUCGUCAGUGUCAGAAGAGGACUCACGGACGGCCGACACGCCCUACGGCGCCGCAACGCUGCUUUCCCGAGAGGACGAAACAUCGGCGAUUAAAUCACUGAAGAUUGCUGGCAAUGACAGAGUCCCCACUAUACUCUUGCCUUCGCCGCACCACAGGAACCCGAGAUUCAGCUUCUUCCCCUUUCUGUCCCAUUCAAAUCCGCCCAUGACGCCUUUGAAUGCUGCGCUGCUCACACUCUUCAAUAACGCGAGACGUCAAAUCAUGAUCUUGACGCCGAAUGUCACUUCAUGGCCGGUCUUGAAGGCGCUCUUGGACGCACUCGCCCGCGGAGUCGAUGUCCAGAUUCGGACCAACAGGAGAAUGAUGCUAAUCGAGCAGCUCGUCACGGCUGGAACCACGACGUCCAUGUGCCUGAAGAAAUUUGUGAAGCAGUACCAACAACUCAGAGAUAACAGCCAGUCAUACGACAUUGAGGCGCCACCUGUGCGGCUCGGUAAGCUGGAAAUUCUGUACUACAAAGCCGAUUCGCGCAGACGAGCAAGGGAAGACGAGCCAGUGGUUAGUCAUUUCAAGAUGACAAUGGUAGACAACGAGUACCUCGUGCUGGGAUCAGGCAAUAUGGAUAGAGCAAGUUGGUGGACAAGCCAGGAACUCGGAUUCUUAUUUUACGUACCGGGUCAGGAUUGGCACAAACUCUGGGACGGGGUUCUCGAAAACAGGAUGGAGGUCUAUUAUCGACCCAGAGACAUUUGA